CAGGCACUGAUUGCGCUCUCCGCUGCUUACGUUAUAUACUGCGUGUUUUACAGGCAUACUCCUCUUCCCAUCAUUGGGAAAUACACACAACCAGGGAAAUGGUAUUCAAUAAAGAGGGCAAUUGUGUACAUUUACUGUCUUGUACGAAAGUGGAGGCAUUCUGCUAAGUUACCAACAGGUGGACAUUGCUUAUUACUGGAAAGCAAAUCUGGAUAUGCUGGAUUGGAGCAGCCACAACUCCUCUGUGACCAUGCUUGCGCAUUUGAUUCCAUGUAUAUUGGUGGAUUGGAUCGUCAUGGCAACUGGUUAGUUGCACGCAUUACACGGCUUCCGGGCAGAACUGCUGAGGUGUGGCUGAUGUUGAAGCUAGCUGAUGGCCAAUACUACCAUUUUCCUAGCUUCCCUGACACCAGGGUGUACAACUGUGACGGGGAAAGCUUCACUGCCGGAGGAUUGCAAAUUGAAUUGCUUAAACCCCUGAUGAAGUGGAGGGUAACAUUUAAUGGCCUGCUUAGGGAAGGUGAGAGGAGCGAAUGGAACGCAGAUGAUGAAGGAAAGUUGGUGCAUGUAAAGUUUGCUUUUACUUGGACAGCUCUUACUGGAGAGUUUUCUUAUGAAAAUUACUAUGAUCCAUGGACAGUGUCUGAUGCAGUUGCUAGAGAACCAUGGAGUAGAAAACUCAAGGAUAAUUUAAUGAACCUUAGUAAGAAGAAUAAGAGGUAUGAGGUAUGUGGACAGCUGUAUGGUAAACUAACUGUGGAAGGUGAGGCAGAGAGGACACUAUUACUGAGAGGAGUAAGGGAACAUUCCUUCGGUAUUCGGGACUGGAAGACGUACAACAGAUACAUUUCUAACUGGGGACAUUUGAAGGAUGGGACUUUGUAUUCAAUUUCGGCCAAGAGUAUGUAUGGCGUUUUGAGUCACAUUGUCAGCGGAUACAUAGUCCUGCCAAGUGGGCAACGUUGUGUGCUGAAGUCAACCGACCUGCACUUGUCACGACUCGGGGAGUUUACACAGCCUCCUGAUAAGUUUGACUUCAACGUUCUUGCAGGCCAUUUCGAGUGCACAAUUACAACAGAAAAAAAGCUGGAGCAGAUUCUCUACGUAGGAGAGAGAUGGAGUGCCAAGAUUCAUGAACAGUUAACUGAUGUAACAAUAAAUGGAGUCAAUGGCUGGGGAGUCACAGAGUACAUGUACAGAUAUAGAGAAUCAUGUCCAGUACCUAUUCAGAAAUCGGCUUCAUUGCCAGUGGAACCAGAGAUUAAAAAUCCAGAUGCUUUGGUACUACCAUUUAGCAAUAUCACAUGCACUGCAUCCCAAAUAGUUGGAGGCAAAGGAGCACAGCUUGCUUUACUAACCCAGCUUCCUAGCAAGUUUCAGGUUCCAAAUGGUUUUUGCAUAACUGUAGCUGCUUACAGACAUCACCUGAACAGUAACAAGCAGCUUAAAGAUCUUAUCCAAGAGCUUCAAGAUGUGUCUUCAGAAAGAAAGCCAGGUGAUCUACAUGAAAUAUCAAAAUUACUUGUGGAAAACUUCACAAAAACGAAGCUUAGUCAACAUUUGGUGACGACAAUUCUGGAACAAUUGACACAAAUGUUUGGGGAUAUGUGGGAGAAAAAAGCAUAUGCUGUGCGCUCAUCGGCAAUCGGAGAGGAUGGAAAAGAAUCAUCAUAUGCUGGGCAAAUGAAAACAUUCCUCGGAGUCAAAGAGUCGAACAAGAUCUUCGAAGCUAUUUUGAAAUGCUGGGCGUCUUCAUUUGCAUAUCAAGUUGUGGAAUACAGGAGGAACCAUGGUCAGGUUAUAGCAGCAGACGUGGGUGUCUGUAUACAGGAGAUGCUGAAUGCAGAUGUUGCUGGUGUACUCUUCACUAGAGAUCCAGUGUCUGGCAACCCUGGUGUCAUGACCAUCAAUGCUUCAUACGGAAUAGGCGAGGCAGUUGUAUCUGGAGCCACAGAGCCAGACACAAUCUAUCUGCAAAGAAGCUUCUCUAAUAAGCUCAGCAUCAAGGAGACUGUCGUGGGAAGUAAGGCAAUGAAGAUGAUUGUAGACAGUGAGUUAGGAGGGCUCAUGCAGGUUGAGAUGGAAAACAAUGGGGAAUGUUGCUUACCUGGCAAAGUGGCAUUGGAUCUGGGAUGUAUUGGCAUACAGGUCGAACAAUUGUUUUCUUCGGAACCGCAAGACAUCGAGUUUGCUCUGGAGGAUGGUCAGAUCUACCUGUUGCAGUCUCGACCAAUCACAUCCCUCAACAUUGAGUCAGAUUUCGAGCUCACGCAUGAAUAUGAUGGUCCAUUGAUUAUAGAUGAAGAAAUGUUUACGAUUGCUAAUGUGGGGGAGGUGAUACCAGGGUGUAGUUCUCCACUUUCAAAUGACAUCAUGAUGUCUGGAUUCGCAACAUCUUUACAGCACUGGCGAACAACUGUUGCAGCUUUUGCUCAUAGAUCAAAUGUUGAAAUGAUGAUUACAUCAUUUUGCAGACAUGUUUUUAUAAAUAUGUUAGGAGGCAUGUACUACAUUAAUGAAUAUACAAUGGGAAAAGACACGAGACAGGCAAAAGAUGAAAUGGACCUGGGAUUGUUCAUGCGUUCUCUGGGAGAUGAAGUGCUUGAUGAAAUCCACAAGCGUUACCGCACUACAAGAACAUCAUGGUAUCAAAAAAUUAGGGGACAGCUGUUCUGUAUAUACGAUGCGCUGGUUGUACAACGUCAUGUCGCUAGCAUGGAAGCACUGGCAGAGAAUAUCAAGACAGAUAUGAGCAUCACUGAUCCGCUCACGUUCUACAAUGAAGUAACAAAAGACCUUGCAGCCAGUGUGAAUGCUUGGCAUCACCAUAUGCAUGUCACCUACACAUCGUUAUUCACCUCUGGACUAUUACAGGCAAUCUUAAGUGGCCAGGGCUCAUCAAAAGACGUGAUGUCAGAUCUGGCCAUGCUUCUGUCCAAUUGCACGGACGUGGUCAGUGCAGACGUUCCAGCUGCUGUCAAGAAAAUUGCACUAGCUGUGAUUGAUAGUGGUAAAGCAGAGUUCUUUCGAGAAUUGACUCCCGAACAGGCAGUUGAUUGGCUGAGAUCAAGUGAGAGUGGUGAUUUAAACCAGCUAUUCAAUCAAUUUAUUGAAACACAUGGUCACCGAGGCAUGAGAGAGAUUGAUUUAUCGGCAAUUCCCUGGAGAAUUGAUCCAGUGCAAGUUGUUAAAAGCAUACAGUUUAUGACGAAGUCACCAGACCAGUUAAAAGACACAAAGUCCUACAUGAACAAUGAUGAAAUCAUCCACAGGAUAAAAACUCCAGUUGGUUUCAUCAGAAAAAAAAUUUUACAAUUUCUGGUGCCAAUAGCAAAGAAAAGUGUGCGCAUGAGAGAAAUGGCUAAAAGCAAUUCCAUUAAGUGCAGUGACUACCUGCGCCAAGUACUCACUAGACUGGGUGAACUGCUAGUACAAGAGGGCUACCUUCCUGACAAAGAACUGAUAUACUACUUCACCUUUGGUGAAAUUGAAAGGUUGAUCAUCUCUCGUUCUGCCAAACUGGUCAUCAGAGCAACAAGAAGAAGAAAGCUGACACCAGCUUUAACCAAACUCCAGUUCCCUGAGAUACUAUCUGGCUAUCCGAUGCCGAUUGAAGACGACUGCUCCAUAGAUGUUUCCAAUACACAGCAAGUGACAGGUAUGCCAGUAAGUCAUGGCACUGUUAGAGCCAAGUGCAGGGUUGCCAUGACACUAGGGGAGGCUGAAACUAUACAGCCAGGAGAGGUGUUGAUUACACGGUCAACAGAUAUCGGCUGGUCACAUGUCUUCCCAAUGAUAUCUGGGCUAUGCACAGAGAUGGGAGGCAUUAUAUCACAUGGAGCUGUGGUGGCAAGAGAGUAUGGACUGCCAUGUAUUGUAUCUGCCAGGAAUGCUACAUCAAUAUUCAAAACUGGAGAUGAGGUGAUCUUGAAUGGAGCUGUUGGCACAAUGGCAAAAGUUGUUUAGAGUUGCACUGGUGACCUGACAACAACCGACUAAAGACUUGUAUUUAAUUUUUUUUACACAUUUUUGUAAUUAAAAAAAUGUACACAAAAUAGUACCAGAAUCAAUAUGUCAGUAUAACAAAUGAAUUGGGCGUCUAAGCAAAGUGAUAUAUACAUAUAUAUAUAUAUAUAUAUAUAUAUCACUGAAUACAGAGUGAUACCUUUAUACCUAUCAUUAGCUAAACAGUUCUUGUGAAAUUAUAGGGGUAUAUAAGAUGUUGAUCUUGAAUUUAUUUUUGUUUAGAUUGUCUGUGGCUUUAAUGAAGCAUGCUAUAUAUAUAUAUAUAUAUAAUUGAGGUGUAUUAUAAACUGUUAUAGCAGGUGGUUCUUUUAAUCACAGCAAUCAAUUAAAUUAUUUAUAGUUUAAUUACAGUGAAUUUUACAACAAUAGAACGAAUUUAGUCGGA